CGAAACUAGUACACACUCCAGAUCAGUGGGUGGCGCUAAUGAACAAAGUUGCCAACAGCCGUAGAAGAACAGAAGCAUAAAUAGCAUUGUAUUGCCAGCAGCGCGGUUUGAACUUGUGAGACACGGCGGCGGAAACAGCAUUGUAGGACCAGCAGCGCGGUUUAGACUUGUGAGACGCGGCACUUGUUUUAAGAUCUGAAGGAACAAUGGUGGACGAGAAGUUAACUAUAGAAAGACAGAUUUCUAACGGCGAAGCGCACCACGAUGAACUUUCCGUUUCUAGGCAUGCGAAGAGUAAAGAUGUUCCAGAAACACUCCUGGAGAAAUUCAAGAGGAUCGUCAAGUCAAAUCUACUGGUGAUAUUGACUGUAGCUGCUGUAAUAGUUGGCGUUUGUAUUGGACUUGGAGUGCGACAUGCGAACCUCACCCAAAUCCAGAUCAUCUAUUUUGGCUUUCCCGGGGAACUGUUGAUUCGCCUGCUGAAAAUGAUCAUCAUUCCUCUGGUGGUGUGUAGCCUCGUGUCCGGGGCUGCCAGCAUCGACCCGAAAGCUCUGGGGAAGCUGGGAGGCUGGGCCAUGCUGUUCUUCUUAGUGACCACGCUCAUUGCAUCAUCUAUCGGUGUUAUUAUGGCGUUUAUCAUAAAGCCUGGUUCAUCUGAAGGCGCCAAGCCGAAAAUGAUCACCAUUGAUGAAACUCUACCUGAGUCCAAGGAGGUGAUGGACUCGUUUUUAGACCUAAUAAGAAACAUCUUCCCCUCCAACCUGGUGGCUGCUGCUUUUCAGUCGUAUGCGACUGGUUACAAGUUCAUAAACAUGAAUUCCAGCAACAUUACUUUGGAAAAGGUUCCAGUGGGUAAAGAUGUAGACGGUAUGAACAUUCUGGGCCUAAUUGUGUUUGCUAUGGCGUUUGGUGUGGCCUUGAGGAAAUUGGGAGCAGAAGGGGAGAUUCUCAUAAAGUUUUUUAACUCCUUCAAUGAGGCUACCAUGGUGCUCGUGUCCUGGAUCAUGUGGUAUGCCCCACUGGGUAUCAUGUUCUUGGUGGCUGCUAAGAUUGUUGAGAUGGAGGAUGUAGGGAUCCUGUUUGCCAGCCUGGGGAAGUAUAUUGCCUGCUGUUUGGUUGGUCAUGCAGUGCAUGGCCUGCUCAUCCUGCCAUUAAUUUACUUUGUGUUCACUCGGAAGAACCCCUACUCUUUUCUCAUGGGACUGAUCACUGCUUUGGCGACUGCUUUCGGAACCUCGUCCAGUUCUGCAACACUGCCUUUGAUGAUGAAAUGCGUGGAGGAGAACAACGGCGUAUCCAAGCAGAUCAGUCGCUUCAUCCUACCGAUUGGUGCCACGGUCAACAUGGACGGAGCCGCUUGCUUCCAGUGUGUGGCUGCUGUCUUUAUUGCACAGUUAAAUAACAUUCCACUCAACUUUGUCCAGGUUAUCACCAUACUGGUGACAGCCACAGCAUCAAGUGUGGGGGCUGCAGGGAUCCCUGCUGGAGGUGUGCUGACGCUGGCGAUCAUCCUGGAGGCAGUGGGAUUGCCCACUAAUGACCUCUCUCUCAUCUUGGCUGUAGACUGGCUUGUAGAUCGCACUUGCACAAUCAUCAAUGUGGAGGGUGAUGCUUUCGGGGCCGGGCUGCUGCAGCACUUUGUUGAUCGCACUCACAAGAAAGAGGAGGUGGAGCUGAGUGAAGUACGUUUGGAAGAAGCUGAGCGUCCAAUGAAACCUGAGCACUACUCUCUCAUUGAGAAUGGUGCUGAAUUAGAAAUCGCUGAUCCUCGGACCACUGGAAAAGAGUCUGUAAUGUAGACUAACACACAGUUUGAUUCAUUCUUGCAUCUGGUUCAUUGUGAAUCAACCUGUACUGUAUGGAAUGGUCUGUAGUCUUAUCCACGACGACUGUAGGAUUUCAUUCCAACCAACCAGGAAGCUUCAUCUUCGUCUCCAAUCAACUAUCACGUGUGCUUCCUAUUUAGCUGGAAUGAAGCCUGCAGCCAUAUCAGCCCUUCGUGGAUAAGAUUAAAGACCCCUCCUCUAAAGGAAAAGGGUAGGAUUUGAUUUUAAAAAAUCAGAAUAUUUAAUGUGUGCAUUUCUCCAUUCCUAUAGAAAUAUUUAGGAUAGUAGUCUAAAAUGUACUGUAUAUGAAAAUAUGCCAAAAGAGGACUUUUGUUAGGAUAUUAUUCCAAAAAGGAUUUUCAUUAUUAGAUUACGCUGUAGUCCAAACUAUUUAUUUUUCUUUUUGGUGGUGGAUUUUCUUCAGACUUUACUCUUUAAAAAGCUGGUCCUAGGUUUUAAAACCUUUAUCAAUCUUCGGUCUGACGCCUUCUGUUAUUUCCACAGUUAAACUAGCAAGAGGCAACAUUUCUUUUAAAUCUGUAGAGCCUAUAAAACCAUAAAUUAUUUCAUUUCCAUUUUUUUCAGACACGGUUUGAAUGUGUGUAAUCUAAUCAAAAGCUUGAAUGAUCUGUCUGGACAAUUAGUUUGUCAUUUUUAUUUAUAUAUUGUUUAUCACUCCUGAGUCAGUCCUGCUGCUUGAACACUUGUAUGACAAUCCUCUGGAAUAAGGUAUUUUCAGGUCUCAGGUCUCCGUUGGCUCUCAGUAUGUUGCAUAAGAAUGUGCUGGUUCUUAUAAUUUGUCAAAUUAUGACCGUGUUCCGUUUAUCGUAUCUUAUUUUUAAGAAUUAGAAUUUAAAAACGUUAAAGAAUUAGGGUCUAUAAGAACUGAGGAGAGUUACUGAUUUUAUAUAAAUAUUUGCCUGAAGUAUUCGUUCACCCCGUUUCUCUUAUUGGUUGUUGGGUUAUUUUCCUACAUGUUGAUUUUUCAAUAGAUACCAGCCUUUUCCAAAUACUGUGUGUAAAAAUAAAUAAAUAAAUAAAAUUAAAAAUAAUAAUAAUAAUAAUUAGGUUAAAUUCUAGGUUUUGUUUUUUGUUUUUUUGCUUGUUGGUAUUUUAGUAUGCGCGUCUAAAUUAUUUUUUCCCUCCCAGUGUCAUAAAUGGUCACUGCAUUUUAAUGUUUGUCAAAAAUGAAAUGCUGUCAACACACAAGUAUAUCAUCCAUGUGUGCAAUGAAAGACUUGAAAGAUGCAUCAUUCCAACAGGCUGUUACUCUGUGCAAUAUGGGUGUGUGAGAAUAGCUGUGUUGAUUAUCCAGAAUAUACUCUGACCAGUCUUUAUUAAAAAAGUGUUUUUGUAAUGAGA